UAUCUGUCGCCCCGCCCAGCCAGUGACGUCAACGACAUUACCUCGAAGCAGUCCCACACCUGAGCUGGAGUUCGAGACGGGACAGCACGCGACCCAGUCUAAGCGUUCUGCCACGGAUAAGUUUUAAGGAAUGAGUCGAUGUGGAUGAACACAUCUAUACUAAAGCAUGAUCAAGUUUCCUCUCUUGGUUGUUUCGAUAUUGAUCUGGCUCCUCAAACCCACGCAGGCUUUUCCAGGGCCCGGCACUGGCUGCAAGGAUGGCCUCCAGUACACAAGCGGCAACAUUUGCUGUCUAAACUGUCCAGCUGGUACACGCAUGACAUCGCCCUGCACCAGAUUUGGAUCGCAGGGGACGUGUGAGGAAUGCGACGAUGGGACAUUUACCGGGCACAGCAACGAUCUGAGUCACUGUUUAAAGUGCAUGAAGUGUCCCUCAGAUAAGGAAAUUGUAAGGCCGUGUACUCACACUCAGGAUGCUGAAUGUCAGUGCAAAUCGGGACGAUUUUGUGCCCCUGACCAACCCUGUGAGGUGUGCAAGAAGUGCUCAAGGUGUAAAAAUGAUGAAGAGAUAGCGAGGAACUGCACCUCCACUAACAACACAGUAUGCAAGAAGGUGCAGCCCAUGUCUGGCUCUGCCUCAGCAGAGGCCUCGGUGAUUGUGACACUGAUUGUGCCACUGAUCGCUGCUCUGAUAAUCGGUGCGAUAAUAUUUGCUGUGUGGAGACGUCGAAAAACAACAGACUCCCAGGGAAAUCCAGCCAACAGGCUGAAACCUGGAGAGGAUAACGGCGACAACUGUCCCACUGAAAUCAAGAGCUGCUCCAAUCUGAACCUGCCCCGGCAACUGGUGAGAGCCAAAUCCUCAGCCGACGCGGCGGAUGAGUGUAAACCGCUGUGCCAGAGCCUCAACAGCUCAGCCAGUAACUCCCAGCACAGUCUAACCGGCCUCUCCUCCGCCUUCCCCGCACCUCCCCCCCAAGCCAUCCCCACGGCCCCAAUGCUGCCCGACAGGAGGGAAGAUGUGGAGUUUCCCAAACUUGUUCCUGUGAAUGGUGACGAGUCUCUGAGGAAAUGCUUUGAGUAUUUCGACGAUCUAGACUUCAACCAGCACAAGAGGUUCUUCCGUCACCUCGGGAUCGUCGACAACGUGAUCAAGAGCAAAGAACAGCUUCCCUAUGAAGACAGGAUCCACGAUCUGCUCACUGUUUGGGUGGAGAAGGAGGGCAGGGAGGCCUCCUUAAACAACCUGCUGAAAGCAUUGCUGGAUCUGAAUCAGAGGCGGACAGCCGAAACCGUCAAGGAGAAAGCGAUUCACAAUGGCCAUUACGAUGUUCAGUAUUAACAAGAGGUGAAUUGGUUUUGGACAACCCCUCUGAAAACAUGUAGUCUUGUGAGUACCACUCAUGCUGUCCUCGUUGUUGAAAGCCAAUGCACCAUCCCAUACUGGUUGGUGCAGCAUGGCACACGGCUGCCGCCCAUACUCGGUUCUCAACCAGUAUCACGUUGGGUGUCAGCCUGUUGGAGUAACUGUGUGUAUCGACCUAUUCUGGUCAGAUGGCAAGGCGUUUUUCUAGCGCCAUGGUCUUUUUGGAGAGUAGCACAUCUAUUCAACCAAGAAAAAAAAAAGUCAUUGCUCGUACCUUUACACAGCGCGUAUUAUACGGAAGCUUCUCAUACUUCCGUAAGCGCAUGUGGCCGUACUGUACAGCUCUGAUGUGGAAGCACAGGGUCGUGUUUGGUCAGAUCCGGCUUGAUUACAAAGCCUGGUUAACCUUACACACUCCAAUAUGACAGUUUCAAAUGAGUUGGCUUGUUUUCUGACUGAAUGAGAUUAAUUCCCUUCAGCUCUGCAUGGAGUGAAGCAUUUCAUUAAAAGAAGUAUUUGCUGUCUUUUGUACAGAGACCGCUUAUUCACUCGCAAGAUAAAAUAAACCCAGAUCUCAAAACGGGUCGAUUGUUUAACGUAGUGUAUCUGCUGCUCAUCAGACCUUUUUUAUUUAUGAUUUUGUUCCUUAGGAUGCGUUUUAUUUAUAGUGUCAAAUAUUUAACGAUAUGCACUCAGGAAUGAAUGUCUUAAUGGUCGCACUGAUUUGAGCAUGAAGCUAUAAACUCAAAGCCUGAAGAUCAAUGGGAUGACUAUGAAGUUAUUAAGGUGGAGAUCAGCUAAGUUUGGUUUCAAUCAAAUAGUGUCUACUCUGCCUGAUUAUUGUAUACAUGUUGAUUUGAAAGUGUUGUUUUGAUCAUGCUUGGCUGUUGGUUUACUUUCUCAAAGCGCCUGAUCAAAAUAGAUCCUAUUAUUUCUCCCGUCUGCGUUGCAUUUCUGGCCUAUUGUUACAUUUGUCAUAGUCCUGAUCACAACACUGACAUCAAGGAGGUUUACAAAACCACUAAAGGUUCGACUGGUGGGCCACUGGUUUACUAAGUUGUUGUUUUUUUUCUUAUCUGUUGCUUUCUCUUUCAUUCUCAGCUCCUGUGUUUGUCAGUUUAUUGUUUUGUUUUUUGAGAAAAAUUACUACUUUUUAGACAAAAGUUGAAAUACGUAUGUGUGAAGAUAAUAAUAAACACUUCCCUCUUUAUCCCUUUUUUUCUUUUUUUUUUCUUUCUUUUUUUUGUUGUAUUCUUCCAACAUGGUGAAACUGGUUCUUUUUUGUGGGGAAUUGACCUUUCGCUAAGUCCCGCCCUUGAAAGCAGACUGACCAAUCAUAGCACUAGGGUCUGACAACUGUCCAGCUCUGCUCCGUUGUUUCAGAUGUUCUUCUUUGGAGCUAGUCAUGGUGAAAUGUUGGAAGGAGAUAUAAGUUUCUAGCUAGCAUUAGCAGCUUCUGUUAGCACAUGCACUUCCUUGCUACAAAAGGUACUGAAGGUAAACUGAAUGUCAUGUUGCUUUUGCUUUUAAUUAAUGUAUAAGUGAAUAAAGACAUACCU